AUGUGGAACCAUUCCAGCACGCUGUGGGUCGGGCAUGAGCUGUGCGACGAGGAGGCGAUCAUCCACCUUGACGGUGUUGCCGUCUUCGGUUCGCUAUGGCGCAACGACUGGCGGCCGGCUAUCUGUGACUUCAACAAUGUCUUCGAGUACUCCAAGGCCGCACGCCCUGACAGGCCAUACCCGCCUCAGAGGAAAGUCAGGACUGCCAGUGGUGCGGCCAGCAAGCCGAGGGCACCCACUGAGAGCGGCGGAGGACUGGGAGGAUGCGGCAGUGGAGGAUGUGACCCAUUCUUUAGCUUGAAGGCGGAAGUGGAAGCAGCAAUCAAUGACAUCGUGGAAGGCUUACCGCAAUUGACACCAAGAGAGGUCACCGAGGCCAUGGAGAGGAUCAAAUGGGACAUAGAGAUGAUGGAGGACUCGAUAGACAGGCAAAGAUUCGGAGAGAAAAUCGGCGAAUGUAACCGGGAAUGGUAUUGCAAACUCAAGAAGUACGGCGUCCGAUCAGAGAGAGGCGCUUCUCGGGAAUCGAGACCAGGAGAAGUGACGAGCUUUUGCGUGUUUGCUCUCGUAGCUCUCAUCAUGCGUGAACAAGAUGAAAGCCUUGAUGACUUGAGCCUCGCUGUCACGAGAAUCGGGCAGAUGGGACUGACGAUUCAUCAUGAGCUGAAAGAGCAGGAAUCUUUGAUUGACGAUCUUCAUGAACGGACAGACUAUUCUGUGAACAACAUGUCGGAUGUGAACAAAUUGGUCAGCGAAAUGCUCCAGAAUCGUCAAGGAAGAAAUCAGCUGUGUCUGAUCUGCAUCCUCACGACUGCUCUUGUAGUUGUGACAACCUUGAUUUUCCUAUUACCAUGA